AAAGUUGUAGCUGUUUGAGUGAGUUGAAACUCUCUUAAUGUUCUAUGUGUUUUUCUACAUUCCAUCAAUUUUGGGCUGUAUUGUUUACCAUGUAAUGACUAUUUUGACUAAGGAAUUUGUAUGUGUUUGAAGCCAAAAUUGUCAGUUGAGCAUGUGAGCAAAACUAUUUAAUUGCACAAAUGUGAGAUUCAAAAAUUCAGCACGUGCCCCGCUGUACCAAUAGUAUGAUUCAGUUUUUUAAUCAAAGUAGUCAUUAGAUUCAAAAUAAGUGCCCAAAAUGUACGACUGGUUUGUACAUUUGCGCAGCAACUCAAUUCAUUAUGAAGUUUUUGAAAAUGUGAGGUAGCAACGUACUAGACCUCCUGCUGCUGUUCCCUGCAAUUGUUGGGACUGUAGUGUUCCCAAAUAAUUGUUGCCCAGCAGUAGCAAUUCCAUACUAGUGGUUAUUUGAAAAUAUUGUUAUUUGCAUGUGUGAAUCUCCUAUUUUGAUGCCAUGAGUCAUGAUUGCUGAAAGUUACAGUCAUUUUUAAUAUUUAAAGAGGAGUUCCGUCACAUCGGUUGUAGAAUAAAUAUCUUGGUGCACACCGGGAGGAGACUCUGGCACAAAAAUAAUCACACCAAAAAGGGGUCCUCAGUAAGCUUGAGAAUCAUAAAUUCCCUGUGUUAAGUGAUUGCACAAAACAUAUGUGUGCAUUGGUGGUGGUGUGACCAAACCUUGCACCAGAUAGUUUUUGUGACAAGAAAGAAGAACAGCAACAAGAACCACAACAACAACAAGAGGAAGAAGAAGAACAGCACAUUUCAACAUCAAAUGGAGGAAUCCCAUGGUGAUACUAGUGCUUAAUUCAAUCAAACACUUCUGCAGUUUGUUCAAGUAUGAUGUAAUAUAUUGGGAUAAACACAACCAGCCAUAUCUUGUAGUAGUACUAAUGAGCUACCUUCAAUCGUCUCAAUAAGAAUGGGAAUGACCCUUUAUCUGAGAAAAAUAACUUCAUUUUUGCACCCCCGAAAUGCAGAAUUGAAAAGGGGGUUGGCGCGCGAAUAUUCCGAAGGGUCCACCGUCCACCAGCACUACGGUACAGUUCUGUUCUAACUAUUACGUACCUCCUACGUAAUCGUAGUAGACUGGUACCGAUGCAAAUUUUCAGAAUCGCAAGUCGUGUUUGCGAACAAGUCUUUUUGGCGGGGGCAUACGUGAUCGUUUGAUCCCGGGAAAGUUCAAGGCGUCACAACGAAGAUGAAAGGAAGGCGGCACGGGUGACAGUGACCUUUCACCAACGCUUCACGUGCGAUAAAUUCUGCAGCAGAAGAAGAAAGAAGCCUCUUCCGAACGCCCACCCGAAGUCACAAACAAGAAUUGCGACUUGCGUUGCACCGAAACCAAUCUCAGAAAGAACAAUACCCCCGAAUAAAAUAAUACCACACCACCAUGAGUUCUGCCGCCCGAGCUUUCGAACAACGAAGUGCUGCUGCCGUUGCGCAGGUCAUCGCCGAGCUAGACAACGCUGCUUCCGCCCCUGACACCCCGGAGGCGGCCUCGCCCGCCGUCGACGGCGCCGGGAGCCUGGAUUUCCGGGGCGCCCAGAUCGAAGAAGAUGCGAAGCUUGCCGAACAAUUACAGCGCGAGGAGUAUCAAAAGGAGGAAGCGCGGGUGCAGCGACAACGAGAGCGUCGUGCGGCCGCAGCCGCAGAACAAAAUAUGUCCUGGACGGAGUGGCUUAUGGGAACGACUCCGUCCACAAGCUCGGCGGGCCCGCAAUCGUCGGCGUCUUCGGGAGGGGCACGAGUUGCCCAGCCUUCCGGGUCUAUUUUUGCAUGCGUCGCUCAGUCCAUCGGCUCAGCGAUGGGACCAGCACAUGAACAAGUGAGAGGCGUUGAUUCUUCCUCUCUGCUGUGAAGGGAAUGAAACAUCAUUUGCGCGCGCACCAAAUUAGAAACAAGGAAUUCCUGUAAUUUUACUUUAGAAACACAUUUCCUCAUCAAGCGAUUCCUCAUUUAUUCUCCGAAUUGAAAAAGUAGCUGAUCGAUGGGGAAUUCCAUUUCUCUUCGUGACAUGAGGUGUUGCUAUGUGUUAUGAAGCAAGAAGGAUCCCCUGUGAGGACUGGACAGGAUGGGACAAAUAGGAUUGACAGGACCAAUGCCAUAGGUAGUAGCAAACGGAGUCCCUGAGAUGUGGCGUUUCACUCCAUACACUUUUUUCAAUUUUGAAAUAGAUAUUGCCCCCCUUGACCGGAUAAGGAUCAAGCAUGCCGAAAAUGGCCUUGCUGUGCUGGUCAUGUUGUCUGUACGAUAUAAAGCCAAAGUUUGGCU